CACAACCUCAAGUCCCACCGAGGACCCUUAGCAGCUCCCCGCCGCCGCCACGACUAUGAGCCAAGCCCGCUGGUCGGGAGAAAGAACGGACAUGCUCCCGGAGAUCGCCGCCGCGGUGGGCUUCCUCUCCAGCCUCCUGAGGACCCGGGGCUGCGUGAGCGAACAGAGGCUUAAGGUUUUCAGCGGGGCGCUCCAGGAGGCACUAACAGAACACUACAAACACCACUGGUUUCCUGAAAAGCCGUCCAAGGGCUCGGGCUACCGCUGCAUCCGCAUCAACCACAAGAUGGACCCCAUCAUCAGCAAGGUGGCCAGCCAGAUCGGACUCGGCCAGCCCCAGCUGCGCCAGCUGCUGCCCAGCGAGCUGACCCUGUGGGUGGACCCCUACGAGGUUUCCUACCGCAUCGGGGAGGACGGCUCCAUCUGCGUCCUGUAUGAGGAGGCGCCGGUAGCCACCUCCUACGGGCUCCUCACCUGCAAGAACCAAAUGAUGCUGGGCCGGAGCAGCCCCGCGAAGAACUACGUGAUGGCGGUCUCCAGCUAGACCCCGCGCCCGGCCCCACUGUGCUCGCUCCAUGGGACGACAGCCCACUGCAUACCUCAACCUGGGGAACUGGAUUUUAAAUGAAGAGCUAUUUAUAUAUAUAUUAUUUUUUUUAAGAAAAGGAGAGAAAAAAACCAAAAGAUUUUUCUAAGAAAAAAAAUCCUUAAAGGGAGCCACUUGGAAGCGGCCUCCCCAGGUGCCUUGGAGAGAACUGUUGUGCCAUUGAGUCUGGGAGUCAGUGUCUGCCUGUGGGAGCGGGAGGCUCCGGGGUGGCCGCCAACGUGUCCGUGAGAGAACUUGGCCAACACCCAGGGAGAGGGGAGGGGAGCAAGCAAGGUUAACAGCUGUGAAUGAGAGUGGCGGGGUCUGCCCUGGCUGGGGGAGAGCCUGCGUUCUGGCCUCCCCCUCCAGCCAGGAGCCCACACCCCUGACCUUCUCUUACUCAGGGGCACUCAAGCCUGGAUUUAAAACCAUACUCUGUUGCCUAAUCUCUUUUCUUUUUUCUGAUGAGAUCCUGGGCAGAACGUGAACAGACCUCUCCUUAUUCCUUCUGUCCUAAAGCAGCUUCUCUGGAAAUCAUCACUUGUUUCUAACUCUGUUCUCAGGGGCCUGCGAUGUGGCUUCCUGGCCAGGCAUCUGGAGGGUGCCAUGGGCGCCAGGCUGGGGCUGGAGGCUGUCAGGGUAGCUUGGGAAGGGUUCUCUGCAUAGGGCCUUUGCUCCGCUACGUGCUGCUGUGCGUUUGUGUGGUGAAUAACUUGAGGGUGAUUUGCCGUGGGCUUUGGAACCCAGAAAGUAUCCACUGGGGAUGUUUUUUGGCCCAAACCCUCCUUUCUGGAACCAUGUGUAGGCCCGAUGCUGCUGCCACCAUCCCUUUGAGAGGUGGCUCAAAGCUCCAGGGACUCCACAUCCUUAAGACUGCCUCCUUCCAAAAGCACAAUACUCCAAACGCCUCCUCUCCCUUCUGGCUGGGUCACGGAGCUACCCGAAUUUCUAGGACAAGAGUCACUGUGCAAUAUGGCCUCUGAGGUCCCAGGAGGGUCUGGAGGAGAACUAGCUCUCAGAACAUGCUGGAACCCUGGCGGCUGAGGGAACCAUCUCUUCCCCUGCUCUCGGGACCAUGGCUGGCUGGUCAGCCUUGCGGGUGUUCCCCUGGCGGAGGGGGAGAAUGCCCCAGGUUCUGCAGGACUACCUGGUAUUCUUGUAGGGCUGACACGAGAAGCCUGACUGGGCAUUGAUUUCUCUCCGAGGUGCUCAGAGCACCCGGGGAGGUGGUGUUGUCUCUCUCAGUACAAUCCAAAUUUGUCUGUAGACAUGUGCAAUAUUUACUGUUCUGGUUUGGAGAAAAUGGAAAACUACACUGGGAAGAUACCCCCUUUUUCAGUUUCUCAGUGACUCUAGUGAGGGGUCCUGAGAAGGCCUUGCGUUUCCCAAAUCGGAAUCACCUUUAGCUAGAGCAUCUGGUCAGCUGGCUACCCUCCUGCUUGCACCGUGGAGGGGCCUUCUUCUCCCGCCAGUCCCCUUUCCUGGAUUUCUUUUCUUCACUCCUCAUAUCUGACUCAAAGGUGCUAUUUACCAAACACACUCCCUCUCCUUCCAGCCAGUUCUGCUGCCUCCUCCUCCACUCUCCAGAUUCCGAGCUGCCUUCCCAGAUCCUGCUUCCAGUCUUUAUCGCUUUAAAGCUAACUUGGGCCCACAAGCCCCAGGGCACAAGCCCCAGGGCGCCGAUCGGCCUGUGGGUCCACACCAAGCUGUGAAUCACUGCAGAUCUUGUGCAUGCGAACUGUUUGCAAACAGGCUCCUGCCUUUCCAGAAGCAGCUCCUGGUCUCAUUUUCAUGCUUCAUUUUCUCCUUUUUGAUGUUCACUUUAAAAAUGACACCGCCCCCGGAGCUGGACUGUUGAGCAGGCCUGUCUCUCCUAUCAAGUAAAAGUGAAAACUUCGUACAUUUGUAAGCUAUUCUGACAGAAAAGACAAAGGUUACUAAUUGUAUCAUAGUGUUUUUAUAUGGAAGAAUGUACAGCUUUAUGGACAAAUGUACACUUUUUUUUUUGUUACUUUAAUAAAAAUGUAGCAGAUGAGUGUG